AUGCCGUUGCGACAGCUUUACUCCGCCGAGGAUGUUGACAAGGAAUCCCAGGUCGACAUUAUAGCUGUACACGGUCUCAACCCGCGUAGCAAAGAUGAUGAGGAACACGCCUGGGACACGUGGAGAACGCCCGCAGGCGACGACGGGCGAAUUUGGCUGAAAGACGAUCUACCCAAGAGAUACACUAGCCAGGCUCGUAUAUUCCUCUGGGUCUACAACUCGACGCUGGUAUAUGGAAAAGACAGAGGCCAGUUCAUCGACAAAGCGAACGACCUGCUAGAGGCAUUGCGAAUUGAGCGCCGGCAAGACCCUGAUCGGCCCUUGAUAUUCCUAGCUCAUAGUCUUGGAGGUAUAUUGGUGCAGCAGGCUCUCGUGAACGCCCACAACAAUCCGAGAUACACACGAAUUCGCACUUCGACGACCGGUCUCGUAUUCUUUGGCACACCGCACGAUGGUGGCAAUAAAUCUCUGGUGGCGCUGGGAUCAGCCGCUGCCCGCGUAGCUUCUACACUGCAUUUGCAAUCUUCGAACGCUGUCAUCGAAACACUGAAAAGCGGCUCGUUGUUCACGGACCUCCUCGGUGAACAAUGGAGGCAUCAGCUCGAAUCGUAUCAACUGGUUUCUUUCUGGGAAGGCAUUGGCAAUACUGUCCCUAAGAAGAGCGCAACUUUUGGGCUCUCUGGAACCAGAGAGAACAUCAUUGAGCUCAACGCAGAACACAGUGACUUGUGCCGCUUCGGUGGAAGCAGGCGAGACCAAGACAACUUCAAGCUUGUUGCAAGUAACAUUCAGGACUUGUAUGACGCUGCGCUUGAGAGAACCCAUGUUUCUCUCGCAAAUGAUUCCAAACACCUGCAAGGACAGGAACAAUUCCAAUUGGUGUUCUCCCUCGCUGCCGCUCCCGAAAUUGAUUAUUUUGUUGGCCGAGCUAGCAAUCUUGCAUCGAUUGAGUCGGUGCUUCUUCCUUUCACUGCUGCAGAGCGAAAGGUUGUAGUACUUCAUGGAUUAGGAGGCAUUGGAAAAUCGCAGCUCGCCAUUGAGUUCGCAAAGAAGCAUCGAGAUGACUAUUCUGCAAUACUCUGGCUCAAUGGGAAGACGGAGGACACAUUGAAACAGAGCUUCGCCACCAAUGCCAGACGGUUGCCCAAGGAACACCUUAACCAAGAGCUUCUUAAUGAAUCACAGAAUGAAGAAGUUCUCAAUGCUAUCCUACGUGAAAUGAAAACAUGGUUAGGCCUCCGAGGGAACGACAAGUGGUUACUGAUCUACGACAACGUCGACAACCCUAAAAUUUCCGACAACAAGAGACAGCACGCUUAUGAUGUUCGAUCGUAUUUCCCCGAGGCUCACCAAGGCUCGAUUCUCGUGACAACACGCUGGAAAACUCUGAGAAUAGGACGCCCCAUAGAAGUCACAAAAUUAUCAGAAGAUGAGGAGAGUGUUUCACUUCUAGUCCAAACUUCAGGUAGAUCCAUCGAGGAAGAUCCCAGAACCAAGGAUUUGAUAAGGAAACUUGAUGGCCUUCCACUUGCGUUGGCGACUGCUGGUGGUUAUCUGGGGCUGACUGGUAUACCUGUAUCAGCGUAUCUUGACCACUACGAAGCAUCGUGGCUUGAGCUUCAGCGGACAAGCCCUUCACUCCCUUCUUACGAGGAUCAGACAAUAUACUCGACUUGGAAUCUUUCGUACAUCUGUAUACGCAAAGAGAAUAAGUCAGCAGCGAAGCUCCUUGAGCUCUGGGCGUACUUUGACAACCGAGACCUGUGGUAUGAUCUGCUAAAAGCUGGAGAGGAUGAGGCUCCCGACUGGUUUCUCGAUAUAAUCGGCACAAAGUUGGCUUUCAACUCUGCAAUAGGGAAAUUGCGGAAGCAUGCCCUAAUUGAGAAGUUGACAGAGUCUGACGGAUAUUCAAUGCACCAUUGCGUACACGCCUGGGUGAAGACCUUCUGGUGUACGCCUGUUGAGGGUCAGAAUGUGAAGUUAGCCCUUACUUGUGUUGGAGAAACUUUCCCUUUCAACCCAGCACCAGGUGAUUGGAUAACACAGCAGCGUUUAUCUUUACACUUUGAAAGAUGCUUACAGAUACUGCCUCAAUGGGUCAACAAGAGCAAAGACUCCAGAAAAAGCGAGGAUUGUAUUUCCACCUUCUUUUGCAGUCUAGGUCGCCUUUACCAUGAUCAAGGCAAGCUGACGGAGGCUGAAUCGAUGUACCUGCGGGCUUUGGCUGGCUACGAGAAAAAUUCCAAUCACAGAUAUAUAUUUCCCACGGUCAACAUUCUAGGCAUCCUUUAUGGGGAUCAAGGCAAGCUGACGGAGGCUGGUAUGAUGUAUCAGCGGGCUUUGGCUGGCUAUGAAAAAGCUUUUGGAUCGAGAUCAUUCUUCUACAUUAGACACGGUUAA